AGCAACCUGAAUAAAAACCAGAAGCAGCCAUGUCUGGAGUAAAAGGACAGCAACAGAAAUGUCACGAGCCUUGCCCACCGAAGCCAUGCCCUCCUCCACAGCAAUGCCCACCUCCACAGCAAUGCCUACCCCCACAGCAAUGCCCACCUCCACAGCAAUGCCUACCCCCACAGCAAUGCUCUCCUCCACAGCAAUGCCUACCCCCGGCAGAAAUGCCCACCCCACAGCCAUGCCCUCCACCACAGCAAUGCCAGGAUCCUUGCAAACCAGUGUGCCCUGAACCUGUGCAGAAAUGUCCUCCUGUUCAAGAACCAUGCAAACCACAAUGUCCUCAGGACCAGCAGAAAUGUGUUAAGAAAUAAAGAAGCAAACUAGUUCUAUCUGUUGAUCCAAGAUACAAGCAUUACCUUAACUACUGUAUUUAUUGUGUAUUGACCAUCCAAUGGCUAAAACAAUAUACUGUACCAAUUGUUAUGGUGAAUGUACCAGUCAAUACCUGUUCCUUUUUAUUGAGGCACAGUAUUUUAAAAAUUGAAUAAAAGUUGGUUUAACAAUU